AUGGAGCAGUUUCCCCUCCCGCAGCGGAGUCAUAGACCACCUGUCCACCUGCGUCAAGACCCCCUGUGGCUGCAGCAGCAGGUACUGGAGGAGCAGGUGGAACUGUGGUGGUUUGGUGAGCCUGGCUUAUCACUCCUGUGCUACUGCUCCUCUGUGGGGCUGGUGUUGGGACUGGGCUUGGGUGGCGUGGGGUUACUGUCCACAGCCUCCUCUGCCGUGGGUUCUUCUGCUGUCUGGCGUCUGGGUGUGGGCUCCACGCUGUGCCUCCUGGCAUUGGUGGUCCUCCUCAAACAGCUGCUAAGCUCCGCCGUGCAGGACAUGGGCUGUGUGCGCAGCCGUAGACGUGUGGAACUGCUGCGCAGUGGGGGAUAUGCUGACCCUUUUCUGCUGCUUUUCACUGGUCUGGCAAUGGUGGUCUGUGGAGCUAUGCUGCUGGGCUUGAACUGGUCGGACAUGCUGCUUUCUGGAGUAGUCCUCCUGUCCAGUGGGGGUGCUGUGGUGAUGAGUGUGGCAGUGUACAGAAUGGUGAUAUACAUUAAGGAUUGGAGGAGAAGGAGCGGGAGGAGAAGGAGGAGGGGAAGACGGAGGAGGAUGAGGGUCUACACAGUGACAGGUCAGAGGACUCAACCUUGGAGAGACUCUGCAUCAAGUCAAGCAAGUCUCAUAUGA